AUGGAGACUGAGACGAGUGGUUGCAAACCGGUUGAUACACCUAUGGAUGCAAAUUCAAAACUUGGAGUUAAUCUCGAAGAUGAACCAGUUGACCGAGGCAGGUAUCAACGGCUAGUCGGAAAGCUAAUAUAUUUGACUCACACCCGAUCAGACAUUAGCUUUGCUGUCAGCGUGGUAAGUCAAUUUAUUAAUGAGCCUUCUAAGGAACAUAUGAAAGCUGUGAAUAGAAUAUUGAGAUACCUCAAGCACGAUCCUGAAAAGGGUCUUAUGUUCAGAAAGACCACAAACAAAUCUCUAGAAGUCUACACUGGUGUAUAUUGGGUCGAAUCUCCUGUUGAUCGUAAGUCAACAUCAGGAUAUUGUUCCUAUGUCUGA